ACACAAUUUAAAACAAUCCAACGGCUGUGGGUAACUCUGGCUCGUCUCCUUGUUUUGAGUACUGGAUCGUCGUUGCGCCCUCGUCGCUUCUCGCGCUUCUCAGUUCUCACUCUAAGCUCUAAGCCGGAAUAUCAUCGUCGAUGGCGGCGGAGAUCGGUGCCUAAGUUUUGCAUUACUUGAGACUUCGAAGAUUUUUCUAAUGGCGGAGGUUGAGAAGAAGGAGGUUGCCGCCGCGACUCCUCCAUGGAAGCCGAAACCGAGACCAAUUGUGCGCCUAGGGAUCGUCCUCAUCUCGCAUAGCCUUCUGGUUAGUGUUGUUUGCUGUACUGCUGGGGUUGUAGCGCUAUUCUUGCUGCCUAUGCUCGCCAAGAACACGUACAUUUCCGAAAAUGCGCUCAUGCCAGGUUCUGCGAGUAGUAUGCUCUCUAACGACGACAUUUCCGAAGCAGAACGAUUGGCUAAGGAUCUAACUAGCUUAAAUUCUGGAGCUGCGGAUGCAGGCAUAGAAAGGAGAAGGGUACUAGCAAAAUAUUUAUCGGACUUGGGAGUUGAAGUAGGUUAUCAUAAGUUCGAGCCGCACCAGAAUCAGUUUCAUCCUCUGCACUUCUUCUCCAGUCCUGAUUCUGGGCUAUCACGGGAGAACGGUAGUUGUUCAUCGUAUGGUAUAAAUGUUGUCGGAAUCAUAAGGGCACCACAAGCUGAUGGCAAAGAAGCUAUUGUAUUGGUAACACCUUUCAAUUUCAGAAAGAACAGUUCAUCUGAAGCUUUAUCCAUUAGCAUUGGAUAUGCAGUCUUCUCAUUGCUAAGUCGAGUUACAUGGCUGGCCAAGGAUAUCAUUUGGCUUGUUGCAGACUCACAGUAUGGAGAAUAUGCCUCUGUUGCUUCUUGGCUGAGAGACUAUCACAUACCCGUAUUUUCUGCUUCAUCUUCGGACAAUGCUGAUUCAUGUUUUGAAGGAAACAACAUUAAUUUAUUAAGAGAAGAAUCUCUUGAUCAAACGGAGAUAUCUAGUGGGUUUAGGCGUGCUGGGACUAUGGCUGCUGCCUUAGUUUUAAAGGUCACUGAUGUAAAAGGGCAGUUGGAGGACACUCUCAGUGUCUAUGCUGAGGCUUCCAAUGGGCAGAUGCCAAACCUAGAUCUUAUCAAUGUUGUGAAUUAUUUAGCUGUACAUAGACAAGGAUUGCGCGUCAAAGUUGAGAAAUUUAUCUCUGUUCUUAGAUGGGAAUGGAUUUGGGUGUUGGGAGAUACGCUUAACUUUAUCGGUAAAGUCGCUGGAAGCUUAAAUCCAGAAUGGAAAUUUGGUAUUUCAACACCGGACUACGUUGAGGGCACCGCUACACUUGCAAAUUUAUUAUAUCGCCAGGCACUUGGGAUCCCGACAGGUCCACAUGGAGCUUUCCGUGAUUUCCAGGUUGAUGCCAUAACUUUGGAGAUUUCACCCAAGGUUGUUUACACAAACCAGGGCAGACGUAAUGAGUUUAUUCUGCGUAGUGCACGGUUGAUUGAAGGAGUUGUGCGUUCGGUCAACAAUCUUCUCGAGAAGUUCCAUCAAUCAUUCUUCCUCUACCUCUUGACCUCUCCUGCUAAAUUUGUCUCAGUUGGAGUCUACAUGAUUGGCUUUGCUCUCCUUGUGGCACCACUGCCACUUGUUGCUGCUUCCCUGUAUGUUGAUGCCAAUAAGCCGGACCCUAGCUCCCAAGGUCCCAAACAUAAGCUUCAAAUUAAUUUCAAACCAUGGAAAUGGCUGAGUGCAGCAAAACAAGUAUUCACUGUUCAUGCAUGGGGUGUAUUUGUCUCACUCCUACCCUAUUUCAUCUCUCAAAUACCCAAUUCCACUCCAGCAGCUCACUCCAUCAUCUGGUUCUCUCUCUCAACAUUUGGACUCCUGGUCCUAUAUCUCAUCACAAAAUCUCCUUUUAAACCUCAGAAGGGUGAAUGGGAGAACCUGAAAUCAGUGACCAUAUCAGUGGUGUUCAUUGGCUUGCUUCUCAUGUCUGUUGUCAACUUUGCCACAGCACAGAUCGGGGCAUUGGUAUUAGUUCCUGCUUGUUUGCUUGCCCAGCCUCUGAAGCUCGACAUAAGAGAUGCGAGCUUGAAGAGUUUCUUGAGGAUUGCUUGCAACGUGUUCAUCAGUUUCGUCGCUUUCCCUCCUGUGGGAUUUUUCGUCUUGAAAGGUGUCAACGAAGGCUCUGGUAAUAUGGACGUUGGGGAGUUUUGGACCUGGCUGGAGUCCCUUUGGGCGUGGAACAGUGCUACCUACAUCUACAUAGGUAUGGUUCAUCUCCCGUGUUGGGUUUUAUGCUUGCACAUUUUGCUUCAUUCCUGUUGAUCAAAAACUGAUACAUAGAUAACAUGGACCGGCCUUCCUGUAGUUUGGUGAUGAUGAUGUAUGCAUUGACUCUCUUUUCUUGAUUUUAAUACAAUCUUCCCGAUUAGAACAAUGGAAAGUUGCCUUUCGUAUAUUUGGUGAUGAAUGAGUGGGGCAACCAACUUGAUCAUUGGACGAUAUCAAAUGAUCAUUGGUCUAGCAGUAGUAGUGAGUAGUGACAACAUGGUGACCUCGAGUCAUAACCCACGAAACAAGGCCACCUGAACUUCAUCAACAAACUUGAGCUGGCAAAAUCUUGUUCAACUCUUUGUUUUUCCAUCUGGUGAGAAGCCACGUUAUGGUUGUAAUGUUGUUCCUUGUUAGUUGAGAUUUCAUCUAGGAUAGUGAAGUGAAUCCUUUCUAUUGAAGGACCUAUAGGAAAAUAAUGAGAAGUCUUUCCCACAGGAGCAAUGCGCAAGAAUCUUGCUCCCCUUUAGUUACUUGAUGAAGUACUGUUGCUUUGUUUGAUCGCUUGAAGUCAAGUGUUAAAGCUAGGCAUUUGCUUGCUCUCAUCAUUCAUAUCAAGGUUAAUGUUAAAUUAUGUUAAGAUUGAUGGAGACCAGCUGCCUUACUUGACGUUGAUUCUUCUUCUUCUUCUUCUUUCAACUGUCCCCACUCGAGAUGUUUAAUCUGCUUGUCUCCUUUGUGGUUUUGGUUGCUAAAGUGUUGCUCAUUUAGGUCCGUUGAAAGUGGGAUAGAAAGAUUGUGACCGAUACUGAGAAAUGACACAAAAAUAAACAGUUGAAUAGCCCUGUAAACCGUAAGACUGGUCAUUUAGCCAAAAACACCUAUGCUUAUUAUGUGUUUAACUAAGGAUGGCAAAAUUGCGUAGAUACCUGCCGAAUCCGACUCGAUAGAAUAAGAUAAAAUGCAAAUUAAAUAAAUAAUAUGUGGAUAUCAAUAAGAUAUGAACACGAAAGUUAUAAGUAAUGGGCAGAAUGAGUUCGAUUAUAUAUGUAUUUUUCCAAAAUUCUUCAUACUCCCUCCUCAGUCCUCUUAGUAUAUUCAACACUUGCAUUACAUAUGCUUAUGAAUUAGUGCUCUUUUUUUUCUCUUUAUAUAGGUAAUUUUAUAAAUAUAUCUUUUUUAUGUCUGUAAUGUCAUUGUACGCGUAAUUGGUAACGCUCUAGUUGGGAUGAUAUAGAGAAAACUCUCAUUCGUGGAUAUCCACGGCUACCUGAAAUUCGAACAGGUGUGGACAUGAUUUGUAUUUACUACUAGAACUUUACGUGAAUAUGAGUAUGAAUAAAAACCAAGGUGGGUAAGGUAACAAAUAUCCACCAUCUAUUCUCAAUCUGACUCGUUUUCAUCCAUAGGUUUAACACUUUUGUUUCUAUAGGGAUUAGAUCCAAUUAAAAAUAACAAUGUGGGUUCACUCUUAUUGUGCCACCAUUGAUACGAUCUCUUCAGAAUCAGCACCUCCCAAAAAAUGCUACAAAACCCAGUACCCAAGUGGCCAAAUCAGCACAUCCAUCACCAAUUCACCAUAACUCUAUUUUCUGAGUAGAGGCACAGAAAAUACCAGAAUUCUGUGGCUGUCCUUUGUUUUCAUUGUUGAAUGAAUAUUGUGUAUGGAAAAUAAAGAGAAUAGUGUUUA